GUGGGAAUCUUUUCAUAAAUUUCUCCAUAAAGUUUUGAAAUGGGAAUCAAUGGAGAAACAGCAAAUGUUGGAGGCAAAGAAUGGUACUUCUACAGUCAGAGAGAUCGGAAAUAUGCAAUCGGACUCAGAACAAACCGGGCAACAGCCUCUGGGUACUGGAAGGCCACUGGAAAAGACAAGCCUAUCUUUCAGAAGGGCACCCUCGUCGGUUCGAGAAAAACCUUGGUGUUCUACCAAGGUAGGGCACCUAAAGGAAGCAAAACCAAUUGGGUCAUGCAUGAGUUCAGGCUUGAACCCCUUUCUCUCCCUCGAAUUUCAACUCUCAAGGGGGAUUGGGUCUUGUGUCGAGUGUUUUACAAGAACAGAGAAGGCCCGGCAGUGGUGGCGGCUAAACCUGAGCUGGGCAGAGGUUGUUAUGACAACAUAGGCAGCUCUUCAUCUCUCCCACCUCUCGAGGAUUCUUACAUCACAUUUGACCAAACUUAUGAACCCAAGUUAAAUGAGAAUGAGCAAGUGCCCCGCUUCCCUAUUUUCUCCCCAAACCAGCCCAAUUACUCUGUUUUCUCACCCGUCAACAGCAACCACAUGGAAGAUACUGCAAUACCUGAGAAAAACCCAUGUUUUCUUGGAUAUUUCUCAAUGAUGAGUGAUUGCGUAGAUACUUUUCCUGUGCAACAAGGUGAUAAAAGCUGCGUUUCGCUAUCUUAAUUACCCAGAUGAUAGUGUUCAUGUGAAAAGGGUCAUCAGCAAGCUUAGAAGGAAAUUUUAAGAGCUACUUAUUUGAUGUGGAUAUGCAAAACUUUUGGAAUAAUGAAUUUGAUGUUUA